AUGACUAAUUUAAAAUUAGGGGCCGAAGUCUGUGAAUUGGAUUCCCGAUCCGAGGAGACCACGAUCAUCUCGUUGGAGGAUUCGGGGAUUUAUGAUUUUGGACAGAUGAAUGCGGUGGUUAUUGAAGCCGAGGAAAGUCAACGGGUAAUUUCUUAAUAUUUCCUUUUAUUUUGCCUUUUAAAAAGUCAAAGACGCGUUAUCCACCGACGAAGUUUCGGAAAGAAAAUUGCCGAGAUUUUUGUCAACUUCGAUCUUCGAGGCAAAUGAUCGAAAUUUUCUGCAAGGCAGGAUACUAAUACAGAACCUAUGGACGACGAGUUUUGCAUAGCUCAUAGAUUCGGCAAAGAUUUUUUGGCAUUUAGAGAAAGCUUCCAUUAAAAUUUUUGGAAAAUUUAGAAUAAUAAUUCAAUCAUUUCCAUCGAUUAGCUAGUAAUUUCUAACCGCAAGGAUUGCCGGUUCUGUAACGUUGAAAGUUCUUGUUUUAGGAACCCUCAUUGUCGAAAUCCUUUGCCGACGAUGUUUUCCUCUCUCCAGAUUCCAAGUACUGCAAGUUGGAGGUCCGUUUAUUUGACCGGUUGCCUCAGGACACUCUUCAGAAGUUCCGCAGAUGUGGAUCAAUUCUUUGUGUUCUUCUUUAUCUGAUUCUUAUGAUUUAUUUAUUGUUGUUUGGGGAGAUGGCAUUCUUUUUAUUUUCCUUCUUCAUUGCGGCAAUUUGUGUAGCCGGGUACUUGUCCAUUCAUUAA